UUCCUCCUUUCAUAUCUUCUCACACAAAGUCCAAUUGGCUGCAAAAAAAAUAAUAUUAUUCCAGAAGCCACAUUACACAAAUUUCUUCCUUUAAAAUUGACUUCUUGAACUCCAAUCUUCCCCUGUUCUUUCUUCCUCCAAAUAUUCUACCAUCACAAUUAUUAUAUUUCCCACAAUAUGCACUUUCUUUGCCUGAUGUAAGCAAAAACCUGAUCAGAAAAUAAUUAUCCAUAAAGAGAUUGAAUUUCAGUGUAUUUAUGUACAACAUGGACAUAUUACACAUGCAUAGAACCAUAGCAUAACCAUGUAAACCAACCCCAUCUGAAUUUAUUUAUGCAUACAUGAACAUUGUAGAACAUAGACAUAAUCUGCAUGGUCCAAGUUUUUAAGAAACUUGCUUGAUGGUGGUGGGGACACUUCAAGCUUUUUCAAUCCUAUAAAUGUAAACAACUCUAUCAACAACCUCCCCAAGUUCCACUUGAAGAAUCCUAGUUUUUUCCCUUCCAAGAACCAGCCUGCAAGUUUUAAAAAACAUUGGCCAUGCAGCCUGGUGAAAUUGCAAGUCUCCAUUAUCUUCUUUCAUCUAACCCAUCUCUACAUUCUUCUCAAUUUAACAUGUCCCAUGACAGCACAAACAUGAUGCAACUUAAUCAGUUUUCUAAUCCAUUAUCAAAAUUUCAAUAUCCUUCUCAAGUGCAAGAUAUGAAUCCACCAUCCUUAAGCAGUAAUUCAACUUCUGAUGAAGCAGAUGACCAACAACUUAGCCUCAUCAAUGAGAGGAAACAGAGGAGGAUGAUAUCUAAUAGAGAGUCUGCACGUCGCUCGCGAAUGCGCAAGCAGAAACAUUUGGAUGAGCUUUGGUCUCAAGUCCUUUGGCUCAGGAAUGAAAACCACCAGCUAAUAGACAAGUUGAACCAAGUCUCUGAGUGUCAUGAUCGGGCUCUACAGGAGAAUGCUCAGCUUAAGGAGGAAGCAUCUGAACUUCGUCAAAUGCUCACAGACUUCCAACUCCAUAAUCCUUACCUACCUUGAAGACAUCUCCUCCAAGUGGUUCCCGUCAAAAGCUGUCUGAAGCAUGAGUCUUGGAUCCACUUUGUAUGAGUUCUCAAUUGCAAGACUGAGCUAGAGGCAAAGUUUUUGUGCUUUUCUUUGCCAAUAAUGGUCCUUCUCUUUAAUCUUUAUGUAGAUGCCACAAAAUCUUUACCUACCUCUGAAGUUGUACGAAACUUUUGAAAAAAUAAAAGGUAUUUAUUUAGCCUUCCCUCUGAAAAUUCCUUCAUCUGUGAUCAAAAAGCUCUCUGAAAACAAUCUAUAGACUUUCAUCUUAUCCAUAGGUCAAUUAAGAUGCAUAUUUCUUCUUAUUCCUUUUGCCAUCUCCUUGAGCACAGUUAGGACUUGGGAAUAGGUUCAACCACCUCUUAAAAUUCAAUAUAAGAUUCCAUUGCACAAUCGUCUGACACCAGAUAAAACUAUCAAUUGCAGUAUAGAAAUUCUCAACAUAACAGGAUAUAACAAAAUACACACACAAGCCAUGAAGUUAAGAAUAGCUGAGGAAAAAAGAUACCUCAGUGGUAAACGUCCAUGAGUGGCAUUGGUGGCUGAUAGUUGGAAAUGUAUUUAAAUAAGGGGUGGGGUGGAUUCUGGUUCAUGAAAUAAAAAUUUGGCAUGAAAAAGAGAACAUUUUGAAAAGAAAUUAAAAAAUACUUUUCACAGGUUAUGAAACUUGUCAGGGCCCAAAUAGAAUUGAAAUUGGUUCAGUGAAGUAAACUAGCUUGUAUAAAACUCAGAAGUUUCAGGAAUAUGAAAGAUGUCGACAUUUUACUGUUCAAUUUACAGAAGCCUUAAUUUUAUUUAUUAUUAUUUUUUUGGAUAAGAGACUUGCAGAAGUCUUCAUGUUUACAUUAUCAUUUUGUUGUUCUUUGCUACAACGUUUACUAUAUCUUGUGGUGAUUCCCAUCAGUUGCCCAAUAGAAUUAGUCUGUGUACUCUGAUAUGAUUUUUCACUAGAAAGGAUGUUUGAUCAAUCAAAGGCAUUACAGCCGAUAAUAAUCUCAACAAGAACAAUAAUGCUGAACAUGACUCUGAGGAAGGAAACCAUGAAUUGUUCCAUUUUGGACAUGUUUCACUUUU